UAGUGUAGUGUAGUGUUAGCUGCAGCUUCAGCCCAUAUUCACUAUUUUGCAGGCAUACAGUUUUAGAGUAAAGAAACACAUGAGUCCUUGGAAUAAUUGCUAAUUUAACUUUCUUUUUUUUUUUAACAAAAUUCAAAAUGAAUAAGGUUUCAGCUCUGCAAAAAAAGAAAAGAAAAGAUUUUAUACCUUACUUUCUAGGAUUUGUAAUAUUUUUAUAUUGCACCGUCCAUCUUGUAUCAUUUACAGCUCAAACUGCUCAGGAAACCCACUCUACCAGGGUUCGUCGGGCUCUUGAGAACGAGACAGAAUGUGUCUCACCACAGUCCUCUGAGUUUCCUGAGGGCUUUUUCACGGUGCAGGAGAGGAAGGAUGGAGGGCUAGUUAUAUAUUUCAUGAUUAUUUUCUACAUGUUUCUGGCUGUAGCAAUAAUCUGCGACGAUUACUUCUUGCCUUCCUUAGAAGUGAUCAGUGAACGUCUGGGACUGUCUCAGGAUGUAGCAGGAGCCACCUUUAUGGCAGCUGGGAGUUCUGCACCUGAACUGGUCACAGCCUUUCUGGGUGUGUUUGUGACAAAGGGAGACAUCGGGGUCAGCACCAUCGUGGGAUCAGCGGUCUACAACCUGCUAGGAAUUUGUGCGGCAUGUGGACUCUUGGCCUCUAUGGCCGGACGCCUCACCUGUUGGCCACUGUUCAGAGACUGCCUGGCAUAUGCCAUCAGUGUUUCUGCUGUUAUUGCCAUCAUUUCUGAUAACAAGGUGUACUGGUACGACGCUGCCUGCCUGCUGUUGGUCUAUGGUGUCUACAUCGUGGUUCUGUGCUUUGACCUGCGCAUCAGCGAGUUUGUCCUGAGGAAGCUGAGCCCCUGCUGCACCUGUCUGGGCCACGGAUCAGCUGAGAAGACUGAGACACAUACUCUGCUGGGCUGGAGUAAAGACACCACUCUGCAUGUCCACAAUCGCUCCAGAACUGACAGCGGGAUCUUCCAUGACGACUCGGGAUACUCCAACUUGUCCCUCAGUCUGCAUGGCCUCAAUGAGAUUCCAGAAGCAGAGCAUAAAAGCGUGUUUGCUGUGCCGGAGAGCGACCUGAAGCGGAUUUUCUGGGUUUUGUCUUUGCCCCUCAUCACUCUGCUCUUCCUGACCAUCCCUGACUGCAGGAGGAGGUUCUGGAAGGGAUGGUUUAUGAUAACCUUCCUCAUGUCAGCUGUCUGGAUCUCAGGUUUCACAUACAUUCUGGUCUGGAUGGUCACUAUUGUCGGAGAGACCCUUGGCAUUCCUGAUACAGUUAUGGGACUCACUCUGCUUGCUGCUGGGACCAGUAUACCUGACACCAUAGCCAGUGUAAUGGUAGCCAGAGAAGGGAAAGCUGACAUGGCCAUGUCCAACAUUGUGGGCUCUAAUGUUUUUGAUAUGUUGUGCCUGGGCCUGCCCUGGUUCAUCAAGACUGCCUUUGUGGAUACCAACAACCCUGUAGAGGUCAACAGCAGCGGACUGCUCUUCAUUUCCUUCACGCUGCUACUUUCCAUCAUCUUCCUCUUUGUAGCUGUUCACAUUAACGGAUGGAAGCUGGACUGGAAGUUGGGAAUCGUUUGUCUUUUCUGCUAUAUCCUGUUUGCCACUCUGGCCAUCCUGUACGAGCUGGGGAUUAUUGGGAAUAAUCCCAUCAAACUGUGUGGUGACUGAGAUCUGAUCUCCCCAAAACUGAAGCCAUAUUUAAUUACAGACUCAAACAUUCCAGAAACAAAACUAAUUUGAAGCAUGGUCACAUACUUUCAAAGAUAUUGUGACAUGGAAGACGUGUGCUGGUCACAUCUCAAGAAGAGGAUGAUCUCCAGUAAUAAUAUAAUGUAUUUUUAGCUAAAGGUGGAUGUGUGCCAAAGAUCAUUCUGUUGUGUGAGCCUGUCCGAUCCAGACCUGCCUUAUCAUACAAGGACCUGUUGUCACGUUCUGAGAAGUCUUCUCUUACUCAAAGCCCAUAAACAGAAAAGAGGCUGCACAGGAGUGACAGCUGAGUUCAAAAGAAUCCACAACUGACCACAGUCAAGAAAUAAAAGUAUUAACUAAACUCAUUUAGCCCUGUCCUUCUUUUUUAAGUGGGCGAGAUAAACAAAGAGGCAACAUCUACACAACUCUGAUAAGCUUUUAUGAGCAAGCCUUUAUUAUCAACAAACCUUCCACUUGCCUUAGAUUAACUAAAAAAGAAAACUACCAUUAUCUAAGUUUUUAUCAGUUGUGUUUCCAGCUAACCUACAAAGCCCACAUGUACUUUAGACACUGAUUUAAACUGUGUAACAAUUGCAAUAUAAUCAAAAGUGACUUCUAUUCUACUGAAGCACCUAUCAUGGAUAUCUGGGAAUUGGAAUAGCUUCCUGUGAUUAGUGUUGGUAUUCACGCCUGAUAUAAUCCAUGCCCAUUCUGUUCUCACCUUAUUCCAGUAGCUGCCUUUGUGAUUACUGUGGCAUUUCCCCACUGCAUGGCAGUGUUGAGCAGAUUCAGGUUCAUUUUACAGCUGUAAAGAAUUUAGAGACUUUGAUCUCAGGAGAUUUUACAACCACCAGGUUUAAAAAUUAAAAAGUUUAUUUGUUCAAGUAACUGCCUGAAAUUAAAAAGGGUUUACAAAACAAAUACUAGAGCUAUGUAGUAUAUAUAAACAAAACAAAAGUGGCCACAUGGAGAUAUAAAGUAAUUGUGUUUUUAAAACAAAACAAAAAGAUCAUUGGCAAGGGGGCUGAAUGUGGAAGUGUGUUAGCGGACUUCUACAAAAGCUUUAUGCGUUGCGGUCGAUACGGACGUCCACCUCUCGGCCGUUGAUCUUGGUUCCGUUCAUCAACCUGCAGGCCUUCUCGGCGCUCUCUGGAGAGUCGAACCUCACCGUCCCACAGCCCUUUGACUUUCCAUUCUCCAUCUUGAUCUCUGCGAACAUUACCUGGCCUGCAGUAAAAAUACAAGUUAUUAUGAAAUCCA